AGAGAAAAUCCUGCAGGGGGGGAUUAUUUCCGUCUCCCUUUCCUUGCUCUCUCAAACCCCGGCUCUCAUCGGCGAUGGAUGCAGUUAUUCUCCAGGAAAGGCUGGCAGAGCGACUGGUGUCACCCAGGACUCGCAGUGCCAAGCUGAAGCAGGAGAAGCAGUAUGUGGGGUUCGCCACCCUUCCCAAUCAGGUCCACCGGAAAUCCGUCAAGAAAGGCUUCGACUUCACCCUCAUGGUGGCAGGAGAGUCCGGCCUGGGCAAGUCGACGCUGGUGAACAGCCUGUUCCUGACAGACCUCUACAAGGAAAGGAAGAUGCUGAAUGCAGAGGAGAGAAUCAACCAGACUGUGGAGAUCAUCAAGCACACGGUGGACAUCGAGGAGAAGGGGGUGAAGCUGAAGUUGACCAUCGUGGACACACCGGGGUUCGGAGACGCCGUCACCAACACGGAAUGCUGGAAACCCAUCACAGAUUACAUUGACCAGCAGUUUGAGCAGUACUUCCGGGACGAGAGCGGGCUGAACCGCAAGAACAUCCAGGACAACCGUGUGCACUGCUGCCUGUACUUCAUCCCUCCCUUCGGACACGGGUUGCGGCCGGUGGACGUGGAGUUCAUGAAGGCUCUUCAUGAGAAGGUGAAUGUGGUGCCACUCAUCUCCAAGGCAGACUGCCUCACUCCCGGAGAGAUGAAGAAACUCAAAGACAGGGUAAAGGAGGAGAUUGAAAAAUUGGGAAUUAAAGUCUAUCAGUUUCCAGACUGCGACUCGGAUGAAGACGAGGAAUUCAAACAGCAGGACAAAGAACUGAAGGAAAGCACUCCGUUCGCAGUGAUCGGGAGCAACACGGUGGUGGAUGUGAAAGGUCAAAGGGUACGCGGUCGGCUGUACCCCUGGGGUAUCGUAGAAGUUGAGAACCAGUCGCACUGUGACUUCGUGAAGCUGAGGAACAUGCUGAUCCAGACACACAUGCACGACCUGAAGGAUGUGACCUGCGAUGUGCACUAUGAGAACUACAGAGCGCAGUGCAUCCAGCACAUGACCAGUAAACUGACUCAGGACAACAGGAUAGAAAGCCCGCUCCCGAUCCUCCCGCUGGCCACCCCCGACGUGGAGACAGAGAAGCUGAUCAAGAUGAAGGACGAGGAGCUGAAACGGAUGCAGGAGAUGCUGCAGAAAAUGCAACAACAGAUUCACGACCAGGAGCAGUGAGCUAGCAUGCGCUGGAACCCAGCGACGGGAACGAAGACGCAUUUCCAUCUGCAGAAUCUGGAAAUUAAAAAUAAAUAAAUAAAUAAAUGAAGAAACACUGACUUUUUAAAACCCUAGAAUUCUAAACGGUGCUGUACGAGACCUCAUGCGUAGGAUCAUAAUUUAUUGUAAAAAAAUAUAUAUAUAAGGUUGUAAUUCCUGGCAUUCAGUACCUAGGAGCAUGUUACAUGUGUGGUGUUUUUAUUCCUUCACUGCACAGAAAGUGAAGCACACACCCACCUGCUUUUAAACUGUACUUGGUGUUUGUUCACACGUAUGGUAUAAUAAUAUUAAUAAUGCUAUUUCAUCUGUUUAUGCUUGUAUGUUUUCUUAGCGCACAGUCAGGGCCUGGGGUCUGUUGAAGUCUUUGUGUUUUUCUCCUCUCCAGGGUGAUGCUGGUAUGAAUGACAGCAGUGAGACUGUGUCUGUAGAUAACAGCGCUCCUGCUCAGCUCAGACCACAGAGAACCCGCCCCGCUCUGCAUUGAGAGUGGGCUUUUACCCUGGGGCUUGGUUAGCUGGGAAGGGAAGGGGAACAGCGUAGUCCGGUCCCAGCACUCAUCUGGGAGAAAGCCAUUCAGAGCCUUUACAAUCCCCACAAGGUGGCGUUCUGUUCCAGUGAUCUUUAAUGGCAGCUUGAGGGCUGGAAAUAAGACUCCCAUUGCAUAGCACUUUGAUCCAUUCCUGUUUUUACUGUGCGUUUAGUAAGACACACC